CUGAGCUUUAUUUCCGUCCGCCCCCUCUCUCUUCUUGGGCUGCGAAAGAAAAAAGAAGCGGAGAAUAACAAGAAAGGGAAAGGCCUUUCUCUCUGCUCCCUUCUUCUCCGCUGUUCAAAAUCCGAAGGAAAAUCUCUCGACUUCCUCCAUUCGAAUUUGAUUCUUUGAUUGGUAUGGACCAGCUCGUCAAUUUCAUCAUUCGCCCACCGAGAGCUGAUUAUAGUCCAAAAAAUGAUUUGUUGGAUCCAGAGUUUAUGCUAAGGGGACGUUGGUACCAGAGGAAGGACUUGGAGGUUAUAAAUGGUCAAGGAAAAAAACUUCAGUGCAGUCAUUAUGUGCCACUUGUGAUGACAGAAGGAAAGCCCCUUCCCUGUGUCAUAUACUGUCAUGGGAACAGUGGGUGCCGGGCUGAUGCUAGUGAAGCUGCCAUCAUUUUGCUGCCUUCAAAGAUUACAGUGUUCACACUAGAUUUUUCAGGUUCUGGCCUCUCUGAUGGAGAACAUGUCACUCUUGGAUGGAAUGAAAAAGAUGAUCUUCGGGCUGUCGUCAAUUAUCUGCGCACGGAUGGAAACGUUUCUUGCAUUGGAUUGUGGGGGCGCUCGAUGGGUGCUGUUACCAGCUUGAUGUAUGGAGCUGAAGAUCCUUCUAUCGCAGGAAUGGUACUUGAUAGCCCAUUCUCUAAUUUGGUCGACUUGAUGAUGGAACUUGUAGAUACAUACAAAUAUCCCUUCCCAAAAUUCACUGUGAAGAUUGCAAUACAACAUAUGCGGAGGAUUAUCAAGAAGAAGGCAAACUUUGACAUCAUGGAUCUAGAUACAAUUCAGGUGGCAAAGUGUUGUUUUGUCCCAGUUUUGCUAGGGCAUGCCAUUGAUGAUGAUUUUAUACAUCCUCAUCAUUCAGAACGCAUAUAUAAUGCUUAUGUCGGAGACAAAAACAUUAUUAAAUUUGAUGGGGAUCACAAUUCUCCACGCCCGCCAUUCUACUUUGAUUCCAUAACCAUUUUUUUCCAUAACGUAUUAAAUCCUCCAGAGGAUGCUUCUGACGAGCAACGUUUUCACACAAUGAAUGAUUAUUUUGGCCAGGGUAAUUGGCAUAAAAUACAUGAAGCAGAAUAUCGAAACCACAAUUUUGCUGUACCACUCCCAGAACUCGCGACUGACAGUACAGAAGAUGCUAUUAUCCAACUUCGAUCUAGGAGGCCUAUGAGUCGAACAGAGGUCCCAUCUGAUAUAUCCUCCCAAGAUAAACUUUUCAGAGCUGAGGAGAAUGGAAGUGGAUUUGAUCUUGGUUCAUCUUCUAGAAUUUAUAGUUCUAACCUUUCCAACGGUCACCAACAUGGUCAGCUGAUUCCAUCCACCAGUGAUGAGGAAUUCGUUGAUUAUUCAUUUGACAGCUUAUCAGGCAUACCAUACAGCACGGAAGAUGAAGAAAGGAUGUUCAUGGAAGCAAUCAUAGAAUCCCUGAAGGACCUGGAGAUGAGGCAGCCUCAAGAUCUUCCAUCCAAUUUAGGGACUGCAACAUCUAUGUCAUCCGAUGCCAUGGGUGCUAUGAUUGCAGACUGUAGUGGGCCAUCAGAGACAGUAAGGACCUCCAUGCUGGAAAGCAAUGAAGAUGCUACAAAAGCUUGCACUGCAGGGUCUAAUGGGGCAUCAGAGGCUGGAGGAACCACAAAAGCUUGCACUGCAGGGUCUAAUGGGGCAUCAGAGGCUGUAGGAAGCUCCAUACUACCAAGUGCCAAUUUGGACUCAACUGUGGACCCUGCACUGAACAAUGAAGGAUCGCAUAUUAUGGAACCUAUGGAACCAACAAGUGCCAAGAGCUCCUCAAGUAGUGAUUGUGUGUCUAGUGCUCCUUGUACUUCAACGGAUGGUAGCAGCAAAAUACAGGAUGCUGACGUGGAAGCUGGCACACGAGCAACAUUGAUAGUACAGAAGAACCCAGCAAGCCACAUCAUGGAUGGAUUGGCACACCGUUGGGGUCUGAAGUUCCUCAGGAGUAACCGAUGAGACGAUGAUACUGCGGGUUACCAAAUUACUGCUUGUAUAAUGUAGUGUUGCAUAGUUUUUGAUUUUUUGGCAGGAGAUAACUUUUCUUUUGCCCCUUUUUGGUUGCACAGUUUAUUUAUUAUUUGUAAAGUGAAGAAUGGAAACCAAGUGUGUAACUACUUUAAGCAAUGAUUCUCUAACGUCUGUGAAUAUGAACUAGGGAUUUCUCCAAA